AUGACACCAGCAUUUUUAUUUUUCCAGGCGAUACCAGUCGAAAAUGCAGAUCUCUGCAACUGUGGCAUGGCGGCUAACCGGGAAUUUACCACACCACUCAUAACUCUGCCACCGUCCCCAAUUGCUCCGCCUCAUUGGAUGAUCACAGCAUGUAGCGUGUGUCACGUUGCGCCCAGAGCUCUGCACAAAUGCUGCUUGUUAAAUCACAACCAUUCGGUUAAUCACUAUUCUCUUGUAGAGCAAAGUAUAAUAAUGUCGGGUGCCCCUCCUCCACCACCCAACUAUGGCCAUGGCGCCCAAGGACCUUAUAACUCAAACGAAAAGGGCUAUACUCCGCAAUACGCUCCUCCUCCUCCCCAAAAUUCCAGUAACCAGUAUCAGCAACAGCAGGCACAACCGCAAUACUUCCACCCUCCCCCUCCCCCUCACCCAGGAUCCCCUCAACAGCAAACCUACCAAGGCCAACAGUUUUCCCCCCCUCCUUCCGUGUCUCAAGGCCAGCAAACAUACCCCCCCCCUCCUUCUGACAACAGUCAGAAUCGUAUGUCUAUCACACAGGGCGCGUAUGAUCCAACCAAUCAAAAUCUCCCGCCCCAGCCUCAAGUCAUACCUCAAGGGCAAGGGGGCUCCAACCAGAUCACGGACACAAUAGGAAGCUUUAAUGGCGGAAGUUACCGUAUUGAUCAUCGAGAUUCGAAUACACUCUUGACAUUGCAGCUAGCACAUGGAUGUCCGGUUGUUGCUAAGCCUGGAGCAAUGGUAGCCAUGUCUCCAACCGUCACUUUGAAAGGAUCCGUCAAAUUUUCGUUUAAGAAACUUGUUGCUGGUGGUGAUUUGGCUCAAUCGACAUAUACCGGGCCUGGUGAGCUUCUUCUUGCUCCCGCAGCACUGGGAGAUAUUGUUCCCGUCCGCCUGGAUGGGCAGCAACAGUGGUCAGUCGGUAAAGAUGCAUUCCUAUGCGCGACUCAAGGAGUUGUAAAAGAUUAUAAGAGUCAAGGGUUUGGAAAGGCGAUGUUUUCAGGCGAGGGUCUGUUUGUUUACAAAAUCUCGGGUCAGGGAGUUUUUUUUGUGACCAGUUUGGGAGCAAUUAUUCAGAAAAAUAUGGCACAAGGGGAGCAAUAUAUUGUCGAUAACGAUCAUCUGGUCGCUUGGAAUUGUAAGUAUACGAUAGAGCGUGUUGCUAGCGGCGGAAUUAUCAGUAGUAUGACUGCCCAAGAAGGGUUGGUCUGUCGAUUUACUGGACCCGGUACCGUUUUCAUCCAAACCAGAAACCCAGUCGCCUUUGGACAGUGGCUUGCAACACAUAUGCCUGGCGGACGUUGA